AUGUUCAAGAGCGGUUCUCAGUCAUCUUCACUUGCCAGUGUUGGACUCAGUGAUUAUGAAACCAUCUAUGAAAAGGUUUCGAAGAGUAUUGUAAUGAGGAAGUGGAUGAACAAAUUAAAUAAUCUACAGACAAGAAUUAGUGAAGGGGACGAUCACGAUUUUGAAGUUGUUGAAAAUAACGAUUAUUACUAUUCCAACUUUGCAAAAUUCUUUCUCUCCGAUGUGAAAACACACCUGUUGAAUUGCACAGAUGAUGUCUCGUCGGAGCAAUUUAUCGAUUUAGAACUGAUACUGUUAGAUGUUGAUGAUUUUGAUAAUUGGAAAAUAGUACUACCAGCAAGGCCAAUUCCUGAAGUGUUAUCAGAUGAAGUUAUUACCUCUUCAUCAAAUUUGAAUUAUCAAGAUAAUAGAUUGUCUGUCUCCUUGAACAGUGGCAAUUUUAAACGUGCAUCAGUGAGAUUGGCAGAUCAUGAUGAUCUCAUCAAAAUAACAGAAGUAACCAAUUUAAAAACUGAUUACUUUUCACAUGUAAGAUUUGCUGUGAGAAUAUUUGGUCUAGUAUUAUGCUUCUUUGAGGAUUCAUUGGUUUAUCUCAUUGAAAAAACUGCAUCCUCUGCACAUGAGUCCAAAUCCAGUUUAGCAUCUAAGAGAUUUAAAAUUCCUGUCGAUAGAAAACUCACUACCAAGGUAAUGAUAGAAGGAAUUGUGCGAGUGGUGUCACAAUAUAAUUCAUCUCGAUAUUUUGAUUUAAUAUCUAUCAAUAGUAUACGAUUCGUAAUGGAUAUAUUUUCACUUUUAGGAUCAAAAAAGAUUUUUAAAGAAUUCCCAACAAUAAUACCCUCAAUUGAAGAGUUUUGGAAUGUAUAUUAUUACUAUAGAAGUAAAUAUUUAGGUGGGGAUUACAGUGAUGCAGAGCUGCAGAAAGAAAAAGAAGAGCAAACUAAGAAGAAGAAAUAUAUCGAUAUUGAUGAAAUGCCAGAAUGGGAAAUCCCACUUUUUAAAUAUACGGUUCCGAAAGAUGUUUUUAAAAAGUUAAAAAAAGAGAAGAAUUGGAAAUCUGACUCACUGCUCAUAGUUUCAUACAAGCAGUUACACUUGAUUUUGUCCAACAUUUUGGAAGUAAUUCCAGAUUUUAAGGAUACAUAUCCUUUUGAUUAUGUAUUUUUGAAGAACUUGGAUAGAAAGUGUUGGUUUAAUCACUACUAUCAAUUAGAAUUAGAUCCUAUUAUGAAAUUGUCAUCUUAUAUCAUUAAUGAAAAUUCUGUGGGUUGUAUACCAGAGCCUGUAUUUUUGAAAAACAAUCCAUUCAUUUCAUACCAUAUUACAAAGCCACCUUUAACUGACUAUAACCAAAUCCGAUCACUUAAACCAAAAGACAAAGCAAUUAAUGUUCUAAUUUUGGAUGGAGGUGGUAUCAAAGGAUUGAAUUUGAUUUCAAUUUGUGAGGAAAUGGAAAAGAGAUUGCAAAAGAAAAUGUGUGAAAUAUUUGAUUUGAUUUGUGGUACUUCGACAGGUGCAAUUCUUGCCAAACUUUUCCAAAUUGGGUUAACUUGUGAGGAAUGUAAAAAGAUUUAUCAUCAACUCGGAAAACAAAUUUUCAAAAUGGAAGGAAAUAUUAGUGUAACAAAAACUCUUAUGACCAUGAAGGGAAAGGCAUGGUAUGAUGAAAAGCAAUUGGAAAUGUUUUUCAAAAAGUUUGUGGGUACAAAAUACAUUAAUAAUAGCCCAGAUAGAAUACCAAUGUGGUUUGCCCUAUCAACACUCACACCUUUGAGUGAAGAUACUAAGAAAGUCGUUAUGAGAACUCAUACCAAUAAUCCUGUGGAAGGUGUUGAACAAGAAUUUUAUAAUGACUUGUUAAUGCAUGCUGAAUCUACACCUUUCAUAUUUAGAUCCUAUUCAGAUCCUUGGAGAUUCCCAGACAAUAAGAGGAAACAUCCAGAUUUUUACCUUGGAACAAUUCACGGAAAUUUCAUUCAUGAUUACAAAGCUCUCAGAUGUACAUCAGCAGCUCCAUUAUAUUUUAAGGAAAUGAAUAUGGGUGAGAGAGCUUUCGUUGAUGGUGCUUGUGUAAAUAAUAAUCCUUCUGUAGUAUCGGCAUUCGAAGCCAAGCAGAUAUGGCCGGACCAUUCGAAAUUCAUCUUUGUAUCUAUUGGUACAGGUUUAAAGAAAAGUCAAGAGAAUGCAACAACUCCUCAAGCAUCAAUGGAAGAAGAAUUGAAUUUCGUCAAUGAUUCAAGUCCAAAGAAUAAGCCAAAACAAUCGACAGGUAUUUUAGGAAAUGUAAAGAAGAAUCUGGCACAAAUUUAUGGACUCGUUGAUUUGCAACUAAGUUCAGAAAAACAACACAAGCAAAUGUUAACACAAGUGGAAUUAAUGAAAGAAACAAGAGAUAUUUACUACUAUCGAUUUAAUACUCCAGGUUUAGGAGAUUUUGAUUUGGAUAUUGUCGAAGACGCAACAUUAAAGGACUGGGAAGAAAAAAGUAAGGCCUACAUUUCAGAGUUGAAAGAAAUGGAAGAGGCUUGCAAAGUCCUCAGUGAAUAA